AUGUCGCAGGGUGAUAUUGAUGUGGUGAAGAAGAGCAAUUCUAAGAAGUCUCGUAGAAGAAAGAAGAGAAGAACUGCAGACGUUUCGGACUCCUCAUCCUCUGAUUCGUCCGACCAGGAGGUUCUAGAUCAACCCACAGAGGAAGCAACGACAGAUGCUCCGAUUCAGGUAUCUGACGUUGAAUUGUCAGACGAUGACAUGGGGGAGAACGCCCAGAAGGCUGCAACGGAGAUGCAUGACGAGACGAACAUGAGGGAGAAGCUAAGCGGUAUACCGUUCACGACGACCGAACUCUCGGUAAAGACACAGUAUACGAACCGAAGUGGAGCGGCAAACCCAGAACUAAAUCUGAACAAGAUCAAGGACACAAUUGCGCAUGCGAACGAGACGCUGGAUGCACAAUUGGGGCUACACAAUGGGUCGAAGGGCAGUCUGGACACCGAAUUGAAGAACAAAUACUUGGAGCUCCUGUUCGAGAACUACGGUGACGAUAUAAACGGUUUGAAGGACGCACCUGAUUUUACGAACAAAUCCUUGGUGCUCUUGGCGAACGUUUUGAAGGACGGGUCGAAAAUGUUCGACGUUGACACUUUGAAGACCAUUGUUGGGUCCAAAUAG